ACAGGCAACAGCUGGGUGGUUGGUGGUUAAAUUGUCAUUGCUUGAUUGAACACUGAUCGUAGUAGUUCAGGUUGUUAGUUUACGCUGUAGUGGUUAUCUAAUCAAAAGAUUUGCAUUACAAAACAACUGCUUAUCAUUGUGUUAAUAGUUGAUUAGGAAUAUCUUACUUGGGUGUUGCUUUCGUUUAUCUAUGAAAGUUUGUACAAAUACAUUUUUAAUAGUUUCAACUUCAGUUUAAAUGAUCAGAUCUCUGUUAUUUGUUCAUCAAAAUUGUACAUCAAACAGUCAAUUCAUUAAACAAGCAAAGAAACAUCUGAAGAUUGGUCUUUUGAUAACCUUCCAUUAUCACACUGUUUUGUGUAACUGCCAGAAGGCAAAUACACCCAGUACAAACUCACUCACCUCAAUGGCAGAAAACAUAACUAACUCCAGUGUGUUCACGGGGAAAGAAGACAGGUACAAAGGAAUACAUGUUAAAUCUAAAAACAACAUCUGCAGUACAAGUAAUUUUAUUACCAAACUUGAAGCUUCCCUGCAGGAGUGGACCUCACAGAAGAAGUCUGCUGCUUGGUUCUACAUUAGCCUUGGUCAGUCGGAAUGGGUUCCUCUUCUAACAAAGAAUGGUUUCAGAUUCCACCAUGCAGCGCGGGAUGGCAGUGAGGUAGCGAUGGUGCGGUGGCUGGCUGCAGGGGAGUCACACAUCCCUGUGUUUUCACAUACCAUGAUUGGUGUGGGGGCGGUAGUUGUCAACACAGAGAACAAACUUCUGGUGGUCCAGGAACGCUACCAGAAACAGCCUUACUGGAAGCUGCCCGGUGGCUAUGUGGAGCCUGGGGAGGACAUACCAGCAGCUGCGAUGAGAGAAGUGCUAGAAGAAACCAACAUUAAGACGGAAUUCAAAUCCAUGGUAGCCUUCCGACAUUCACAUGGGGGUCCUUUUGGUUGUUCUGAUAUCUACUUUAUAGUCGAAUUGGCACCACUGACUGCGGAAAUUACCAGUUGUGAAAUAGAGAUUGAGGACAGCCAGUGGAUGGAGAUGGAUACGUACCUGAAACACCCGAAGGUACAUGAAAACAAUCGGUUGUUCCUCCGCAAGUACCUCUUCAGUAAAGAGAAUGGGAUUGUUAUCAACGGCACGAAAACCAAUCAUCCGAUCACCAAGGCACCUCAGACAUUGUAUUGCCUGGAGCACUCAGAGUGAAGGAAUUCAGGCAGUUGGAAUGGUGGCAGCAUUUAAUCUAAAAGGAGAAUUUCGUUGGGAGUUUAGUGUUGGAAUAUUGAUGGUAACUUUUUCUUUAGGAAUUAUUUUAUAGAUUCUUGCUUUUCAACAAAUAAUCCUCUUUAAAUGUCUUUGCUUUUCAUGUUCGUAAAUAAGAAAACUUUUUUUGUUCAUGAUAACUGCUACAGCAGCUAUGGAAACAUUUUGAAAGGCAUAGGUCACAUCUUUGCAAGAAUUAACUGAAUGAAUCUUUUAAAAUUAUUUUGAUAUU